AUGUCCUUUGCGGAUCUGCUGGCCCGGUUGGGCGGGAUGGGUCGUUUCCAGGUGACCUACGUGGCAGCUCUGGCCGUGCCACUGCUCAUGCUGGCCAGCCACAACCUGCUGCAGAACUUCACCGCCGGCGUCCCCGAGCACCACUGCCGGCCCCGGCCCGCGGCCAACGCCAGCGCCGCGCCCCUGCUCGUGGCCGUGCCCCUGGACGGCCACCGGCGGCCCCAGCGCUGCCGCCGCUACGUGGAGCUCCAGUGGCACCUCCUGGGGGCCAAUGGGUCCGCCAACGGGAUGGCCAAGGGGAUGGCCAAUGGGAUGGCCAAUGGGAUGGCCAAUGGGAUGGCCAAGGGGAUGUCCAACGGGAUGGUCAACGGGAUGGUCAGUGGGAUGGCCAACGGGAUGGCCAAUGGGAUGGCCAACGGGAUGGCCAACGGGAUGGCCAAUGGGAUGGCCAACGGCACGGCCAAUGACGCGCCCACCGAGCCGUGCCGCGAUGGUUGGACCUACGUGGACGGCGUCUUCACCGACACCAUCAUCACUGAGUGGGACCUGGUGUGCGAGUCCAAGCGGCUGCGGCAGUUGGCCCAGUCCAUCUACAUGGGCGGGAUCCUGCUGGGAUCGGGACUCUUCGGGGUCCUCUCCGACAGGUGA